AUGACCCGCUACAACAUCCAGGAAAUCCAAACCAAGCCCUUUGAAGGCCAGAAGCCUGGUACCUCUGGGCUACGCAAGAGGGUCAAGAUAUUCCAGCAAGAGCAUUACACGGAGAACUUUAUCCAGGCGAUCCUCGACGCGAUGCCCGAGCCUGGUGUUGCUGGCUCCACUCUGAUCGCCGCUGCCAAUGGCGUCAAGAAGCUCUACAUUGGCCAGGACGCGAUCCUUUCCACUCCUGCGGCUUCUAACAUCAUCCGUCAGUACAAGGCAGACGGAGGAAUUCUGCUGACCGCCAGCCACAACCCUGGUGGACCCGACAACGAUUUUGGUAUCAAAUACAACGUCAGGAACGGUGGACCAGCCCCAGAGAGUGUGACCGAUAAAAUCUUCCAGCGAACCAAGGAGAUUACGACUUACAAGGCCCUUGAUGCUGGCGAGCUCGAUCUGUCUAAGAUUGGCACCCAUACCUACGGUCCGAUGGAGGUUGAGAUUAUCGACUCUGUCAAGGACUACGUUACACUCCUCGAGGGGAUCUUCGAUUUCCCUCUCAUCAAAUCGUUCCUUAGUAGUAACCCCUCUUAUCGAGCGAUAUUCUUGGAAGCGCUCGGCCUCCCCCCUUCAUCCGUGCAGCAAUGCCAACCCCUUCCUGAUUUUGGCGGCGCUCAUCCCGAUCCUAACUUGACAUACGCACACUCCCUAGUCGAAGUUGUCGAGAGAGAUAACAUCCCCUUCGGCGCCGCCAGCGACGGUGAUGGUGACCGAAACAUGAUAUACGGAAAGGGCGCAUUUGUCACCCCAAGUGACUCAGUUGCCGUCAUCGCCGACUGGGCCGAUGUGAUUCCUUACUUCAAGAAGACUGGUCUCCGUGGUCUUGCCCGCAGCAUGCCUACCAGCAAUGCUAUCGACUACGUUGCCAAGGCCAAGGGUGUCGAGGUUUUCGAAGUACCCACCGGUUGGAAGUUCUUUGGAAACCUCAUGGAUGCUGGUCGCCUGUCAAUCUGUGGUGAAGAGUCAUUCGGUACCGGGUCUGACCAUAUUCGCGAAAAGGACGGUCUCUGGGCGGUAGUUGCUUGGCUCAAUAUCAUUGCCGCCGCCAACCAGAAGAAUCCCGGAACUGGUAUCAACGAACUCCUUCAAGAGCACUACUCAAAGUAUGGUCGCUCGUUCUUCUCACGUUACGAUUACGAGGAGGUUUCCUCCGAGGGCGCCAAAAAAUUCACGGACAACUUGGACUCUCUUUUCGCCGAUGCUUCCUUUGUUGGUUCCAAGUUUGGUGAAUUCACCAUCGCAGGUACCAACAACUUUAGCUACACAGACCCUAUCGAUGGCAGUGUGAGCAAGAACCAAGGCCACAUUGGCGCCACCGUCCGUAUGUACAUCGAGAGGUACAGCAAAGACGAAUCUCAGUUCAAGAAAAAUACUGCUGAGGGUCUUCAGCCCUUGAUCGAUGCAGCCCUCGAGUUUACUAAGCUCAAGGAGUACCUUGGUCGCGAGGAGCCGACCGUCAUUACAUAA